AAGACAAUGCUCGAACACCGCGAUCUGUAGCACAGGACAUUUCCCACACAGCGCAAUGAACGAGUGCCGCGCCUCAGACAAAUUGUAAAACAGUUCAUUAGAAACGCAGUGGAGGAGACAAGCAGGCUACAUCAUUAAGGACAUCACAAAGAAUACCUUUUGUAGUUAUUAUUUGGCACAGCUUUGAGGGAAAACGGGGAAGUAAGGAAAUUCACUGGAUUGCAAGUGUGGAAACAAGGCUACAUUCAUCAUGAAGAAAAGCAAUGUGGCAAAAAGGGGUCUCCAAGAUGCCAACCAGCUGUCGUCGCAACCAGAUAAAGUAGGCUGGAUUCGUAAAUUCUGUGGCAGAGGGAUUUUCAGAGAAAUAUGGAAAAACCGCUUUGUGAUGCUCAAAGGAGACCAUCUGUAUAUCUUUGAAAAGGAGAUGAAGGACGACGGUAAAACCCACGAGGUGUUCGACCUGGCUGAGUACGAGCGCUCAGAGGAGCUGAGGAAGGCCAAGAGUCGCAGCAAGAAGAACCACAGCAAGUUCACACUCCUGCGCUGCCGGCAGCCUGGGAACAGGACCCCCAAUCUGGUGUUUUUGGCUGUAAGUCCAGAGGAGAAAGAGUCCUGGAUCAACGUCCUGAAUGCAGCCAUCCUCAGAGCCAAAAAUCGCAUCUUUGAUGAGGUCACUAUUGAGGAGGAGAGCCUCCUGGCGCACCCGACACGUGACCGCGCCAAGAUUCCUCCAGGCCGCCGGCUGCCCACUCGCGGGCAUCUCAUGACUGUGGCCUCCACUUCGUCUGACGGCAUGCUGACCCUCGAUCUGGUCCACGAGGAGGACGGCAGCUCGCCAGAGGACGAGGGGGACGUCUGGGUGAAAGACUUCCGGGUCGACCUGGACAAGCUGGGCCCGGGUCGCCGGCGAUCGGGCACGGACGCCUCCAAGCGCCGCGCCGCUCCCGCCGAGGGCCGGGUGAAGACGGGCAGCCUCCCGCGGGGCAGCGAGAUGUCGUGGACUCGGCCGCAGCACGCGGAGGGCCAGCAGGCGCAGGCCCAGAGCCAGGUGCACAGCACCCCGGCCCACGCGCGCACCCCGCAGCCGGGGAAGAGGGCCGCCUUCCAGGCCCGCAGCCGCUGCGCCUCCAUGGACGACGCGCUGUCGCGCGGGGACCGCCGGCCGGGCCGGAAGGACCAGAGCCGGGCGGCGGCGGCGGCGGUCGCGCUCGCCCACAGCCCCACGGGCCACCUGCAGGACCUCAUCGCCCAGCGGCUGCAGCGCACCCAGGAGCUGCUGGCCGAGAUCCAGGAGCAGGACCCGCCGCACCGGCCCCGGGUGGACUCGGCUCACGCCAGGGGCAUGGAGUCGCCGCGGCUGAGGCACCUGCGGGGGAGCUUCGACUCGCCGCAGUCGAAGGGCUCCGGCUCGCCCCACAGCAAGAGCUCUGACUCGUCCUCGCCGAAGGGGAAGGACUCGCCCCGAUCGAAGGCCAAAGACUCGCCGCGGGUCAAGGGCUCGAAGCACUCCAAGAGCACGAACUCGCCGCGGGGCAAAGUCACGGACUCGCCCGACUCCAGGGCCCCCCACUCGCCGCUGGUGAAGCACUUGGACUUGACGCACCUGAAGGGCUCGGACUCUCCGCUGUCCACCACCUCCAGCUCGCCGCACUCCAAAGGCGGCGGCUCGCCCCACCUGAAGGGGGCCGAGCACCUGAGGGCGGCCAGCUCGCCGCACCUGCGGAGCGGACUCAGGGACUCGCCCCUGCGUGAGGGCGGCAUGGCGGCGACGGUCGGGGGCUCGGAUUGGGAGGUGCGGCGGGCGGCCGCCGAGCGCCUCCUCCAGGAGGCCAUUGUGUCGUGGCGCGAGGCCAAGGAGGUGCUGGAGGAGGUCAAGCAGCUGCAGGAGCGGCAGCGCAAGGCCGAGCCGGGCGCCGCGGCAACGGCGAAGCCGGCCACGCCUUCCCACGACAGCAAGCCUAAGGAGCCCUGACGCGAGCUCGACAGCGCACAAAAAUGCAUGCUGGGACAGCUAGUCCUCCCACCACUAUCUGUCUGAGAAUGCCAAGCACGUGGGAGGGACUUAAAAGCACACAUUGUCGAUGAUUGGUUCUUAUCACAUUUUUUUUUUUCCUGCUCUCCUUUUUAAUACUGUGGUGUUGCCACUAUUUGCUAUUCUGAUGUUACUAUAUGGGCUAUCUUCCUAUGAUUCUGCAUCCUUGGAUCUUUGCACUGAAGUUCACUGGAAAGGUGCUGAGCAGAUAGGAGAGAUGGUUCCGGAACCUCAUGUUCUCUACAGGGUUCUACAGGGUUGAAUUUUGGUUGCGGGUUGUUCUACAAACGACAUGCUGAGUGUGAACUGAUCACUGCCCCACUUUCUCCUACAGGGCCUGCAGGAAAAUCUUUUUUGGCUGAGAGUGUGUGAAUGGUAUUUCCCUGUGCCCUGCUGUUCCCUCUCUUUGGUCUGUGUGUGUGUGUGUGUGUGUGUGUGUGUGUGUGUGUUGAAGUUUGACUGGUAAAUAAUAGACAAAUAGAGAGAGUAAAGAGAGAGGGAGAUAAGGAGACAGAGACACAGUGUGUUUGUUUGUGUGUUUGUAUUGAAGUUUGUCUGGUAAAUUAGAGAGAGAGACAGUGUGUGUGUGUGUGUGCGUAUGCGUAUGCAUUUCUGUGUGUGUGUGUGUGUGUGUGUGUGUGUGUGUGUGUGUGUGUGUGUGCGUGUGCGUGUGCGUAUGCGUGUGUGUGUGUGUGUGCGCCUGUUGGAUAUGCAGCUCAGUGUGCUUGUCUCAGUUCUGGGUCAUGGGCUGUCAUGACUCAGGCGCACCACCAGCCUGGUGAGACACUGACAUGCUUUACUCCUGGGCAGCUCGGCCGUAAUGUGAAUAUGCUUUUCAUAACAUGCUCGUUUGUAUCGGUAUGCUUUUAUUCUUCCCUUCCAAUGACAACUACUUUGUGUAUUUUUUUGUGACUGAAGUCUCUGGGCACUUUUACGAAAUAAAUUUGUUGUU